AUGGCCAAGCUCGCUGCAGCUCGUUAUGGCAAAGACAACAUUCGCCUGUACAAGGUUGAGAGGGACGAAGCCACCAAGACACACACCGUUUAUGAGAUGACAGUCUGCGUCUUGCUGGAAGGAGAGAUUGAUGUAUCUUACACCAAAGCCGACAACAGUGUUGUGGUUGCAACCGACUCAAUGAAGAACACCACCUACAUCAUGGCAAAGCAGAACCCAGUCCACCCUCCCGAACUAUUCGCAUCCAUCCUCGGCACUCACUUCAUCAAUACCUACAAGCACAUUCACGCUGCUCAUGUUAGCGUUGUCCAACACAGAUGGACCCGUAUGACGAUUGACGGAAAGCCUCACCCUCACUCCUUCUUUCGUGACGGGAAUGAGAAGAGACUGGUACAAGCAGAUAUCAUUGAGGGCAAGGGAAUUGAGAUCAAGUCGGGUAUCUCCGACCUUUUGGUGCUCAAGAGCACCGGUUCUGAGUUCCACCACUUUGUCCGAGACGAGUUCACCACCCUACCUGAGGUCUGGGAUCGUAUUCUCAGCACAUCGGUCGAUGCCAACUGGAAAUGGUCUACUUUUGCGGGCCUGGAUUCCGUAAAGAAGCAUGUUUCCAAAUUUGAUGAGACCUGGACCAAGGCUCGAGAGAUCACUUUCCGACUCUUCGCCCUCGAGGAGAGCCCUAGUGUGCAAAACACUAUGUACAAGAUGUGCGAGGAGAUCCUCGCUGCUCAACCUCUUGUUCAAGCGGUUGACUAUUCGCUUCCGAACAAGCACUAUUUCGAGAUUGAUCUGAGCUGGCAUCAUGGCCUGAAGAAUACUGGGAAGGACGCCGAAGUCUAUGCGCCUCAGUCAGACCCCAACGGCCUGAUCAAGUGCACUGUGUCCCGGGACGACACUGCGUUGUCCUCCAAGCUGUAG